GGAAUCCCCUUUGACAGGUUAAAAAGCGCUGCCUCCCACCCUUUUAGUCUCUCUCCACCAGCUGAAGAACUCGUGAUAGGUUCAAUUCAAGGAUGGGGCUGCUUGAUUUCGAUGUAGCUGCUGUCACAGAUUCAAAUUUGGGUGAUGGUGCAUGGGAUUGUGUCGUUUUGGUUUGCGAGAACCUUGACUGGCCAAACUUCAAAAAUUCUUUUGCACACAUAAAACCUGCCAUUGAAGAUGCAAACAAGAUUGAUCAGGGUGUCAAAAAUGGUUCAAGUGUCUUCUAUUUCAAAGAGCAAGGGAUCAAUUUAGUGAUAUUCUCCCAAGCUGGCCCACUUAAUAGAGAGUUUGAAGAUAGCAGAAAGUAUUUGGAUGUGACACUUAACGCUAUGAAAAGGGCAUUGAAGGCUGGGUGCAGAAAACCUUUGCUUGUACUACCCGGAGAAUUCACAUUCAAUGAUUAUGCAACUGUUUGUCUUCUGGCAGCUUUGGAAGCUUGCUAUGUGCCUUUGGAAAUCCGACAAGAUGUCCCAAAAAGAGCAAAGAAAGUAGAUGCACUUGGAUUAUAUGUAGGAAAAGGAGAUUCAUCAUCUGACUACAAAAUCCAGACCUCUAUUAUUGAAAAAGUGGUUGCACUUGAGAGUGGCAGGAUUGUUGCACGUGACAUUGGAGGGUCUGAUCCUGAACGCAUGGCUGCAAGAAAAGUUGCUGAGUAUCUGCAAGAAAUAUUUAAAGAUAGUACUAUCAAGAUUUCAGUUGAAGAUGAUGUUGGAGAGUUAAACAAAAAGUAUCCUUUGCUUGGCGCAGUUAACCGUGCUGCAAGUCGCGUUGAUCGACACCAAGGCCGAGUAAUCACAUUAGAAUACGUUGGUGAAGGAGAAAUCAAAUCAACAUACAUGUUUGUUGGAAAGGGAAUUACGUAUGACACUGGUGGUGCAGAUGUGAAAGCUGGUGGACAUAUGGCUGGUAUGCAUAGAGACAAAUGUGGAGCUGCAACUGUAGCUGGAUUCUUCAAGACUGUAGAUGCCUUAAAACCAUCUGGCAUCAAAGUUGUUGGCCGACUUGCCAUGGUUAGAAACAGUGUAGGAGCAGAUAGCUAUGUAGCAGAUGAAAUCAUUACUUCUGCGGCCGGUGUUCGUGUCAGGGUUGGAAAUACCGAUGCAGAAGGACGGAUGGCUAUGGCUGAUCCUCUCCACUAUACUGCCAUGCAGGCUUUGGGAGAAAUAAACCCUCAUCUCAUGACAAUAGCAACAUUGACAGGUCAUGCGAUCCGGGCAGUGGGACCGGAGUACACGAUUGUAUUGGAUAACGGGCCUGCUCGAGAAAAAAAGUUUGCCCAGAGACUGCAAGAAGAAGGUGAAAAACUUGCCGAUCCAUUCGAGAUCUCUACUAUUCGACGCGAGGACUAUAAGAUGAUUGCUGGCCCCAGUGAGUAUGAAGAUGUGCUUCAAUGCAACAACGAGCCAUCCUCAAUGACAAGUCGUGGACACCAGUUCCCAGCUGCCUUUUUGAUCAGGACAUCCGGCCUUGACAAGCAUGGUGUCGGAUGUGAGAAACCGUUAUGCUAUUCUCAUUUGGACAUUGCUGGCUCAUCUGGUCCGUUUCCAGGAAUUCCUACAGGGCGUCCAAUAGUAGCCUUGGCCAAAAUAAUUGGCCUUUUCUAGCAACGAAGUCGACGCUGAUUGAAGAAUUAUUGCAAGUAGUAGCUCCUAGUUGGUUCAGAUUUUUUUAGAAAUUAUACUAGACGAAAAGUGAUUUAUUACAAAAAUAAGGGAAUGUAGAUGCUAGCAGUCCUUCGUGCACUGAUUCAAAAUGAAUGUUUUACCUUUAUGCAAGACAAAGGUGGUGUCGGGUGUUCUCGGCUAAAUUUUUGGCCUCCCACGGUCAUAUUCAAAGUAAUGCCGUUUGCUAACCUUAUUUCUACAGAAAAAAUUCCCUUUGCUAGACCAAUUUCUAGAAAAAAGUUUCAUAAUGAGUUUAUUAUCAACAAAAAAUUAGUCGUUAGGAUAUAAUCGUUAGGACCUUCGUUUGGAAUCAAAUUGUCAAAGCACCAAUAAUAUCAAAUAUGAUAUUCUUGGCUGGACCAAAUUUGCAAUUAAAGUAUGAACCAAAAUUUCCUCAAAUACCUCUACCAUUGAAGAGGCCCUCUCCUCUAGUGAAAAUUUAAAUUUCAUUGGCGCUCAAGAAUCAUAUAGCAGUAAAAAAAUAUUUUUCAUCGAAUCUAUUUUUGAAAGAUAAAUUGCUAAACGAA